UACCGACGUGCAUUGCGCCUCCUUCUCACGUGACCGGAAGCUGCGAGGUUACGGGUGUCCUUGUUGAACAGAGUCAUGGCUCCUACUGUGUGGAGGCUGCUGAAGUUUACCACAAAGGCACUGGUGGCCGGAGGGGCGGCCUAUGUGGCCUAUGACUAUGGCCUGCUGGGAAGUGGUGCUCAAGGCCAGGAAGUUCUGAAGAAGACCUCCACAGCUGUACCCCCUGCGCUACACCAGUGGGCAGAUUACUUCGGUGUACAGCUUCCAUCUACCCCAAAGUUGGAUUUCUCCAUCUGUGAGUCCUGGAACUGGGGUGUACAGAAGUCUGUGUCUGCUCUCUCUGCAGCCCCAACCAAAGCGUGUGAUUACACGGCCGAAGGCUGGAAGUAUGUGAAGGAUUUGGUCAAGUGAAUGCAAUCUAUUUAAAUAAAAAACUCUUUAUUUAUCAUUU